AUGGAAAAGUGUGGAAUCACAGAGAAUGAAGCAGAUGAAUCUGAUUCAGAUGAUUCAAGUUAUCAUAAACCGUUGUCUAGAAGACGAAGUGCCACUGUUUCUCCAGCAGCAGGCACUAGAUUCAGGCACCACUCGAAGAGCAGACGUCGAUCUGAGUUGAAUCUGAUGGCUCACAGACGGGCUCCCUCAUUACGGAGACCAGCGGCUGAAGCUCCACAUUACUCGUCAAGGUAUGAGCAAAAAGAAAGCUUACGGAAGACAAACAGCAUGCCAAGUGUUGAACAAACACAGCAAGCCCAUGUGGAAGCUAUACGUCAACUGCUAGAUUCUUUCCCAAUCGCUUCGUCUAACCAAAGUUCAAGCGUGCAUGAAGUAAAACGGCAGAACUUGGCCACAAAAGUAGAAGAACCAGAAUCGGAGGAAGAUAUCAUUAAUAUAGACAUCGAAGAGUUACGUGACGCUGCGCAAAGUAUACAGUCAUUACAACGAGUUUUGAAAGUUCCUGUAGAAACAACAAAUAUUGCCGAUAUUCGAAAUACGUGUCCAGUAGAGGGAGACUCAAGUUCAGAAAGUUUACGUCAGUCAGGUAUAGCUUCGCGGCUAGGUGGUCAUCCACGUGGUGUGAUUCAGUUUCUUCAUUCAGCCAAACAAACGCAAUUUUUGCCAUCGCAAGACACGUACAUUCAAAAUAAAAAUAUGGAACGUAAAGGAUCUUUCCGAAGGAAAGGUUCUCUCCCAGAGUCCUAUAUUUCAUACAGUGAAGCACGCAAUUCAAACACUAUCAUUCGACCCAAAACAAUGAACAAUGCUUACAAAAUCGGACGCUGGUCAUUCCGUAAUCAUACUUCUGAUCUCCAAUAUUCAUCAAAAAGAGCUGAACUUAUGGAGCAGAAAAAUUCUGCAGAUUCUCUAGCAGGCGUAAGCCGCUUUUCUAAAUUGCUCAAAUCGUUACGAUCAUCCCGUCAAAAUUCCCCUGAUCCUCAAAUUUCCAGUGCAUGGAACCCACUGAUGUACACAUCCACGUCGACUGAUUUGCAUAGUUCAUUGAUGCAUUCGGAUGUAUUACCUUGGAGUAAGCGUUGUCGCGCAUCAUUCCGAAGAUAUAAUGACGUUCGCAAUUUGGCGAUUCGGGAACUUUGUGAAACUGAAAAGAGUUUUGUUGAAAAUUUGGAAUGCCUGAUACAGGACAAAGUUAUUGACAAAUUUCAGAAAUAUAUGCGACCACUACGGCAACCCCUUGAAUGUACAUUGAUAGAUUCUGCCCUGGUAGAUAAAAUUUUUUAUAAAGUUCCAGAGAUUCUAAUCCAUCACCAACACUUUCUAGCAGCGUUGUGCGAUCGUUUGGAUACGUCUCAAACUGAAACAAUAAUUGGUGAUGUGCUUCUUUCCCACUUCCGUAAACAGUCAAUGAUUGAUACGUACAUUGCAUUUGUGGAUAAUUUCAAAUUUUCGAAGCAAAGCAUAAAAGAAGCUCGUGAACGUCCAGCCUUCGAAAAAUAUUAUAUGCGAUGCCGAAGGGAUCAUCGAAACAAGCUUGACUUGGAUUCAUUGCUCAUUUCACCAAUACAACGAGUCCCUCGUUAUGAGUUGGUUGUAAAACAAAUAAUCAAGCACACAUCGGUAGAACACGCUGACUAUGACAGUUUGUUAUUAGCUCAAAAAUAUAUCCACGAGUUAGCCACCAAAAUUAAUCGCCAGAAGGAGGAAAGUGAAGAAAUGGAACAAAGGCUGCGCGAGAUUGAAGCUAUUGUUGAUGGCCUUGACGACCUGGUAACAACCGGGCGAUCGUUUACUCGCUAUGAUGUUGUGACCGUGUUAGGUGCAAGGGAGAACAAGCAGCGUUGUUUGUUUUUAAUGUCAGAUCAGAUCAUAAUUACGAGUGUUAGGAGAAAGUUACCUCCCAGCAGAAAUAAUUCAAAUUCUAAUUUUUCGUUGCAAUCAUCGGAUUUUUUGGAUAACAAUCGUUUCAAAUUGCUUUUUAAGAUCUCACUCGAUGAUGUUGUCAUUGCAAAAGAUACAUUAUCAUUACUGCACGCAGCGGAACAAGAAAUGCAAAGUGCACAAGAAGAUAUAAAUAUUGUAAAUAAAAUGGUUGCAUUAUCGAAAAUGCUCAAGAAAUCAAAUAUUGAGUUAACGAAUAUAUUGAACAAUUUGGAGAAUGAAACUUUACAUCGAAGGAAUGCUUUGCAGAAACAGCUGACAUCUAAUCCAGACCUCACCACCGUGCAACUACAAAUUAAAACAACAAAUGGCAAUGGAAUGCUCAUAAUUCAGUUCCCCAAUUCUGAUCGUCGAGCUGUUUGGGAAAAUGCAUUAAUCGAAGCGAAAACUAAUCUAAAAAAUACAAUGCACAAUGAGGAAAGAGCAAAUCAUUUGAAAUCGAUUGUAACGCAUAGAACUCGGCCUGGUCUAAAAUUUUCCGUGGCAACACCGACCGUAGGAAAAAGUGCUGAGGGAGCUCCUUACGUCUGGGUGUGCACGUCUGACAAGUUUUCGGGUCAGCUUGCCGUAGUGAAUGUUAGCGGGGAACCCACCAUAGAAAGCAAUACAAGCAUUGGUAACGCUGCCAUUGUCGCGAUUUGUUCCGUCCCUGCGCCCAGGCAAUGCUGUUACUUGUAUUAUUCGUUCAAUUUCAUACUGAAAAAAAGGAAAACUGUGAAGCUGACAAACUCACUCACGCAUGACAUACCUGGAUUAGAACUGGACAGCAGUUCAACGGAAUCGGAUGAGUCCGACUUUGAAACAGCUACACGAAAUAUACCCUCCACUGUAUGGAUUGGUAAUGAAGAUGGCGAGAUAUUUGUAUUCAACUUUCUGGACAAUGUUCGAUUGAAAGCAUGCGAGAGAGUGGCAAGACUUUCGAUGCCUGUAGACGACAUUGUUUAUUUUGAAGAAAAAGUUUUCGUCUCGACCUCCUCAAGUUCACAUGCUCAACUUUUGUAUUUUCAAAGAAAUAACGAAGGCGCUUGGGACUUGAAUAACCCACAAGCAGUCCAAAUGGAUGUCCGUAAACGUCUGAGGCCUAUGAGCGUAGCAGUUUCUCGAGUAUGCUUUGCAUCAGGCAAUUCUCUGUAUUUGCUAAAUGCUUCUCUGCUACAAAUUGAGAAGCAAAUGGCAGUGAGCACGAGCUCUCUUGACACAGUGGCCUGUCUUACGGUCGUUGGCUCCACAAUUUUUGUUGCUAUGAACAAAUCAUCAAUUAUCAAAGUGGUAGAUGCGUUUACUUUAGAAUGUCAACAAGAAUUCAGCAUUUCCCCUGUUGUCAACAAAGUUUUAUCCACAAGUGAAGAUAUUAUUCGGAAGCACAAAAUGGGCAGUUUAAAAGUAACAUCACUUCUAUGUUGCAAUAAUCGACUUUGGAUCGCUACUUCUGCUGGAAUAAUAAUCAACACAAACAUUUGUAGGACAAGCAGAUUGAACUGGACUUCCUCCCUUAAUGUAUGUGGAGCAGGCCAUGUUGGGCCUUGUAGAUUCCUAACAACCGUUUCCGCCACGACAACUCUUUUCGAUUCAAGACGUCAACGAAUGUCACUAAAUGCUCCUAAAUUACAACAAACUGAACAGACAUUCGUUGUCAGUGGUGGUGAGGGAUUCUUUAGUAAUACUUUAGAAGUUACCGGUGACAAACGUGAAAACGAUGAUGCUGUGAAUCACUUGUUGUUUUGGUCUGCUUGA